GUUGACCCCCAUGCUGCCGCUGUAGUCGGCGCGAGGCGUCCUUGAGCGCGGCUUCGCCCCCCUCGCGUCGUAGGCCUCCGCUGGCGUCAAACCAUGCGGCGCGCUCGCGGCUCAAGUUCAAGGGUGUCCGGACUAGGGGGCCGCGGGCUGGAGGGAGGCGCGUCGUCGCCUGUAGAGUGGGGGGAAGGCCGCCGUCGAUGUCGCUCCGGCGUUGAACGCCAGACACGCUCGCACACUAAUUCGGUUCGGUGGAGCUGUGGGAAUGCCAGGCCGCCGACCGUACGCGAUUUCGCGCGACACCACGCCGACGACGUUGCUUACCGCGCGAGUUGAUUGUGUUACCACCACCACGCCGCGGUUGAGUGUUGAUUCUUGUGGUGCGCGGGGUGUGAAUAAGUGCAACGCGAUGGGCGCUAACGAUGAACUGCCCAUACUCAAAGGGAUACUCAAUGGAGUUGUCAACUAUCACAAUGCACGUAGGUGUCUACUUUUGUGGUUUCAGUGUCCAUUACAAAAAUAUACUGGAUGUAGUGUUGGUGUCAUAUUGUCCACAGUUUCUUGUUGGUAAACACCAAUGUGUUACAAGUUGGAGCUUUAGUGUACAUUUCCUGUACAGCGGCGCUUCCUCGAUCUGCCCUUAACUGCGGGAUAAACUGUUAAAGUCACGAACGUCGGUGUCAUUUCACUCAUAUACCUAUCUAUUAUACCACCUUUCAAAACUCAUGUGGAUCUGUCUCAGAUCAAAACUCUCCGACUAUUCACUAUUCUGAAAAUUCAAAAUUGUGUCUUACAGACAAGCAGUAACACCCCAAAGGCUAAGUAAUUCAUACAAAUGACAAAUAUACUCCAGCCACGUUUUACUCUAAAAUAUUAAUAAUCUUUAUUGACUGAAAAAGUAAAAAUGCUAAAAUAUAUUCAUAACGAAAAAGCAACUUGAUAACAAACCAUAUAUGCAUGAUUUCAGUAAUAGUGUUAAGGACAACUUGGAAAAUGAACAUUUAUCCAUUCUACAAUUCCUCCUACCACAUCAAAACCAGGGCACUUUUUUGUUAUAUGGAGAAAACUUUCCCAAUCUAUUUCAUGUUUGUCACACGAUGUUAAUAUCAAAUUCUCGUUAUCAUUUGGAGGAGUAAAAGAAAUUAAACAAAGUAUUGUUCUGCCACACAAAAACAAUAUUUUAAAAAUAACCUUUGUUUAGCUCAGAACACGGAUGGUAGUUAUAAACUUGAACCCAGCCAGUAGUUCAUUGCCCUGCCAAGUAUGUACUAUCAACUAUCGUAUACCACCAGUUUUGUUUUCAUUGCAUAUACUUAGAGCGUUAUCAGCUGUAUAAUUGUGCGUCUACAUUUUUAUUAUUCGUGUCUAAUUUCUAUUUAGGAACUAUUAUCAGUGUUGAGAAAGUAAAGGAUAAUUUUGAAUAGUCACACCUCAUUAUCAUAUCAAUAAUGCCUUUGAAGGUAAUUAAAAUGGUGUACAAGAUUUCGGUCAUCCCUCCAAACUCGUAUAUUUCCGAUUUCGAGUGCUCCAAUAGCACUUUCAUUGACCUAUACACGCAUAUCCAUACGACAUUACCAGAGACGGCGCCUGCCUUCUCCAGAUAGCUUUCACCGCUCGAAAUUUCUCUCGUUUAGCACUGUCAAACUCUCUUGUACUUUCACCCAUCGCCCCACUGCACGGUGUUUUUUCUUUCUUCCGUAACGUAUUCAGAGCAGAUGCCACGUGCCACCACCUGGAACUCUGUAACACCCUCUGGCCCUUACACUCGACAAUAAUUUUUUUUAAUCUAUCGGAUUAUCAGUGUUGCUUUCUGUCAUCUCUUAAAUACACAAUUCAAAGCUUUUCUAAAAUGUCAUGAAUAUUCGUGGAGAGGUUUAUUUGUCGACCUUAAGAUGGAUUAAAACUUGUUAUCAACACCAUUUAUCAUGCUCGUACUCACUGCAGUAAAACGUGGUGAUGGAAGUUUUUAAACUAAGUACACAUUUUGGAGGAUUCUCCUUCCACAUUCUAUCUAAGCCGUGAGAUUCGGUCGGGUGCCGAAAAGAGAAAAAGCCAGAAUUCUAGCGGCCAUGCAGCAGAGCUCAAACUCUCGCUCAUUAGAAAAAGCAGUCGCGGCAGAAUUAGAAGAUGAGCAACGUCUCUUAGAGACAGUUGUUAGGGCGCACAUUGACACCUGUGAUUUCACCAGAGAUAAAGUGGAGCCUAUGUUGCAGAGGGCUAGAGAUCAUCCAUCGUAUACAGCUUGUCCGCCAACCCUGGCGUGCCCGUUGAACCCAAACCCUCAGCCAUUGACUGGUCAGCAGGAGCUGCUCCAGGACUUCUCGAAGAGAUUCUCCCCAGCCAUCCGAGGUGUGGUGGAGUUUGCAAAGCGCAUUCCUGGCUUUUCGCUAUUGGCGCAAGACGACCAAGUGACUCUCCUCAAAGCCGGAGUAUUCGAAGUGUUGCUAGUACGACUGGCCUGCAUGUUCGACUCCCAGACAGCUAGCAUGAUCUGCCUCAACGGCCAGGUGCUCAAGAGGGAUUCCAUCCACAACAGCUCUAACGCUCGCUUCCUCAUGGACAGCAUGUUCGACUUUGCUGACAGGAUGAACGCCCUGAGGCUGUCCGAUGCUGAGAUUGGCCUCUUCUGUUCCGUGGUUGUCAUUGCCGCAGAUCGCCCUGGACUGCGCAACACCGAGUUAAUCGAGAAGAUGCACAACAAGCUGAAGACUGCGUUGCAGAUCGUAGUGGCGCAGAACCACCAUGGCCAGCCCCAUAUCAUGGAUGAGCUGAUGAAGAAGAUUCCUGAUCUCCGCACGUUGAACACGCUGCACUCUGAGAAGCUACUGGCAUUUAAAAUGACCGAGCAACAGCAGAUGAUGCAACAGCAACAGCAUCAUCUGUGGAACAACACGCUGGAAGAAGAAAGCAACAGCAAGAGUCCAGCAGCAUCUUCCUGGUCCUCUUCGUCCGAUGUUACCAUGGAUGAAGCCAAGUCGCCCUUGGGGUCAGUGUCCAGUACCGAGUCCAUGUGCUCUUCGGAGAUGGCCGCCAUUCACGAAUACCACCCGCAGCCAGUCACCAGCCAUGUGACGAACGCCCCCCUGCUUGCAGCCACCUUAGCAGGGGGCGUCUGCCCGCAUAGACAUAGAGCCAACUCCGGAUCAACCUCUUCUGGAGACGAUGAGCUGGCCUCGCACUUGAUCCACAACGGAUUGACUAUCACUCCAGUAUCAAGGCCGCAAAACCCGCACUCAAGAUUCAGGAAGUUGGAUUCGCCCAGCGACUCCGGCAUUGAAUCAGGCACCGAGAAGGUGGACAAGCCUACAUCCGUAUGUUCCAGCCCAAGGUCGUCAGUUGAGGAUCAUCAUAUUGUGGAAGAUAUGCCCGUGUUGAAGCGAGUACUGCAAGCACCUCCGCUGUACGAUACCAACUCACUAAUGGAUGAGGCGUACAAACCCCACAAGAAGUUCCGAGCCCUGAGGAAUAAGGACUCUGCAGAAGCCGAGCCCGCGGUGAUCGUCUCACCAGCACCCACUCCAGUGCAAUCGUUACAACAGCAACAAUCGAGUUUGUCCAGCUCGCACUCAAUGCUGGCCAAGUCUCUGAUGGAAGGCCCCAGGAUGACAGCGGAACAGAUGAAACGGACAGACAUAAUCCACAGUUACAUAAUGCGUGGUGAAUCCCCUACGAUGGCAUCGCCUAUGGUCACGGCGGCACCCACAGCUUGUCCGUACUCCAAGGCGAGCCCCAGCAGCGGUCACCAGUCACCUCUGUUGCAACCCGCGUGGGCUACCAGUGUAAUUACGACCACCGCCCGCCAAAUGCAGUCCAGCAGUCAAUCCCCGCCGCCCCAGCAAGAGUACCAGCAGCGAUUGUACCUGCAGUCGCCGCAUAGUACCUCCCCCGCCCCUCCGCAGUCAAGGUCACCGCACAGUCCGCACUCUACGCUGCUUCAGAGCAUGUCCAAAAUGAUGGAGCUGCAGGUGGACAUCGCCGACUCGCAGCAACCCCUAAACCUGUCCAAGAAGUCCCCAUCGCCCAGUCCGAUGAAGGUGGUCAAAUUGGAGGUGUAAUAUGAGAGCAGAAUCGGGCUGCCUCUCUUGAGAUUAGUACAAAGUGGAGUGCACAUGCUGAGGAGCUAAAGUCGCGAACUAGGACGCUAAAUCGCCGUUCGUGAGUUAUAAUUGGGACGGUCAUAGGACGAGAACUAGUGAGUUUUUUCGGAAACGGUUGUUAAAUCCUUAAAAAUUCUUGAACACAAGGAUAGGUAAAGAGUGGAGUUUCAUGGUGACAACUCAAAGUAAAAGUUACGUUUUUGAUUAUCUUUUACGAGUGAUAACAGAGUUUGCAAAAAGUCUAAAUUGAAAAAUAUUUUGCACCUGAGGGAAAUUUAUACCAAAAUUUUUUUUAAACAACUUCCAAAAUUACUCAAAUCAGAUCUUGCCAGUUAUAUAUCGUAUUUAUGUUGACCGUUUUUAAUAUAAUCAAUGGAAACAAAAUGAAUUUAUAUCGUGGCUCUUCACAAAAGUGAUAACACAAGAUCUCAUCCAACAUCGACCAUAUAAAGAAUGAUGGUUGUCAAAUUAGUUUAAAUCUCGAUCGAAAAUCCUCAAUUGGUUCUCGUGCUAUAUGGUGCCACUUGGAUCGCGUAUUACAACAAACCAAAUAAUUUAUAUUUGCUGUAUAUUCAUUACUAUUAUCUGUUUAAAUAUUGUAUGUUGAUGUGUGACCCUCUCCCCCGUAGAUGUAAUAGAGCUCCCCCUAUCAAGGUGGGAGGCUAUGUUCUCAUUGUAAAGUUAACCUCCGGUAUGUCGCGACCGACCUAGCAGGCAAAAUCUCAUUCUGUACAUAGUGGACCAAUUCCCCAUUUCCCCUAUCCUUUUUUGAAGCCUGCUCAAAUGUCGGUCCGUCCGUUGUGUCUCUGUAUCUAGUUAAGAUUCCAAACAAUCACUAAUUUAAAAAAUCAUAGACAUCCAUGUUGUAAAUUGAGAAGAGAAAGGAAAAUAAUCGAUUACUGGCAUCGGCACCCAAAAAUCCUAUCAUAGAGUUAUAUUUGUUUUAAUAUAUGUGAUAAAUUGAUUUGUAGGUUAUAUUUAUGGCAUAAGUUUGUGUUAUCGCGUAUCUCAGUUUGUAUAGAAUCAUCAUUCAUAAUCAUCUCAUUGCUCGCCUACAAUGGACGGUUUCUCUCAUCGGACAAUUGUCAAUGUAUUUCCAGAACGCCAUUUUCGUACAACUUGUUCCUUCACAUUAUAUUGAUAAGUUUGGAUGGCGGGAAAUUUACAACGCACUGGCAAUUUGUUGUAUGUUCCAUUCAUUAUUUCAGCAGUUCCUCUUUCGGUUCACCGCUAAGUGAUUUACAUGUUACCAUGCAACGUACGGAAUGGUUAAAACAAUGGACUGUUUUAAGAUCUAUUUCCUAUAUAAUUAUAAAUAAAUAAAAAAACUCUGGAGAAAAGAUUUCUUCUUUCAAAAUUCUGUAAUAUGUUAGUUCGAAUGGGACAGUUGUAGAGAAGCCUCCGUUAGCUGUAUUGUAUCACCACACCGACUCAACUCACAUUUGCCGUAUCCAUUUUUAAAGUGUAAGAUUGGAGCGAGCAGGGGAAAUUUUUGUGAGACUGAGGGGGUGAUCGAAGCACCCCAUCGUACUAAGGGUCCCCUAAUGGGGGCACAACCGCACUCGUUUCGUUCCCCCCAAGCUUGUUCCCCUGUCCGCUGUCAAAGUGACAGACGUGGACCAUUCUGCCCUCAACCAUGUGUUUCUAACCUCUUGUACACAACAUUCAGACGUGCGUUUAGAAGUUAUCUCGUUUUUCUAGUUCAGUAAAAGAAUUGCUACAAUUUUAUGUUGUUUAUUUGAUAAAAAAUCACAAAAAUAUGAUUUAAAUAUUUAUAGUUUCACUUGUUACUUAUUUUGUUGCAAUUUAUUGCAUCUGCUGUUUGAGUAUAGUUGUAUAAUGUAUAUGAUCUUCAUUACUGAUCGCAGUCUGUUUUUCAUUAUUGUGUAUUAAAAUAUAGAUAUUUUGCGAGAUAAUUUCUAAUGCCGUUUCAUACACUUUCCGCAUGCUGUGCAUUUUCAAGUAAUUCUGUUCGAUUUUUUGUAACUGUUAUAAUGUUGCUAUUUGUUUCUGUUGUAAUUAUUUUCUCUGCAGAUCGGAUGGUAGACUGAUAUGAGGAGAACUAAACAUGUUCUGUCAGUCAACCAAAAGAUACUUGCAGGGUUGUUUUUUUCAUUUUACCACAUAUUGUAAAUUGGGAGCUUGUUGAGGCCAACAGAAUAAACAUGUCUUGGUGAUAUUAAACAA